AUGACAACCAAGAAGCUCACGCACUUUCAGAAGAUUGUAAAGGCCUUUUAUCAGUUGUUCAACUGGUAUCCAAGUGUAUAUGAGUCAAAGGAGAAACGCUUGCUCUUCAAGCUGGAUGUUACGCUCUUGAUCUAUGUCUGUGUCUCGUUCUUUUGUAAGUACCUUGAUCAGAUCAACAUCAACAAUGCUUACGUCUCUGGUAUGAAAGAAGACUUGGAGCUAUACGGCAAUGAGCUCAAUUGGCUGAAUAUCACCUAUCUAUCUGGCUACACCGCUGCUCAACUGCCUUUGCUGCUACUGUCCACUUCAAGUUCUAAAUACACCAGGUUCUUCUUGCCAGCUUGUGAGAUUGUCUUUGCAGUCUUAACGUUCUGUCAAUCAGAGGUCAAAACCGUUGGCCAGCUGUACUGUAUUAGAUUCUUUGUCGGUGUCUUCGAAGCUCCAUUCUUCACUGGAUUCCAUUAUACCCUUGGUAAGUACUAUGGUACCAAAUCCUAUAAAGGUGCGCCUGUUGAGUUGUACAUGCGUUCCGGUGUGUUCUUCCUCUCUUCAUCCCUAGGCACCAUGUUCAGUGGUUACCUACAAGCUGCUGCCUACUCCAAUCUCAACGGAGUCCAUGGAAGAUCUGGCUGGAAAUGGCUCUUCAUCAUCGACGCCUCCAUCACGAUUGUCGUUGGUGUUAUCGGGUUCUUCUUUUGGCCUGGUAACCCAGAAGUCGGCAAGCCAUGGUUCUUAUCACAGGACGAGUACGACCUCGUCUUGGAGAGAAACGAAAGAAACGGGAUUGAAAAGGCAAGCAAGCUGACCUUGAAGGCAUUCAAAAGAGCAUACACUGAUUGGAAAGUGUACCUCUACGUCAUUGCCUUCACUGCAGCGCUAUUGUCGUUGUAUCCAACGAUAUACCUAUCACUUUGGAUGAAAGCAGAGGGAAACUUCUCUGUUCUUCAAAUCAACAGAUACCCAACCGUCAGCAGUGCCGUAUCAGUCGUCACCAUAUACGUCUCAAGCGCACUGUUCUCUGUCUAUGCUCCCUGGAAAUUCGCCGUGGUUGCUGUUGUUGUGCAGACAAUCUUUGCCGGCAUCAUGAUCAAAUACAACGUCUCGCAAGCCACCGUUCUCUACGCCUUCUGGCAAACAGGGAUCUUUGCGCUGCCGUCUCCUUUGAUCUAUAACGCGGUCAACAGAGUGCUGAGGGACGACCCUGAGCACAAGGCCAUCGUCAUGGGCUCCAUCAUGACGCUCUCCUACUUCGUCUAUACAUGGGCGCCCCUGGGACUGUACCCAACAGCCGCAAGUUACGGCAAAAGAGCAGCUCCAACGUGGUCUGUUGGAUACCCAGUGUGCUUAGCAAUGGCCUGGGUAUUCGGUAUCGUCUAUAUACUCGCGUGCUAUCUGGAAGAGCGUGAGAGAAAGUUACAAGGCAAGCCAUCCAUUGAAGAUGAGAUGGACGCCGCUCUCAACGGACUUGACACCAACAGCGACAGCGUCUCCGACAACGACUCCUCCACGGACUUGAAGAACAGCCUCAAGCAAACAACGAAGGAGGUUUCGGUUUAG